GCACACACAACCACACACGCACACCCCCUCCCCUGCCUCCCUCCCCGCGCGCCGCCCGCCCCGCCGGCCCCGCUCGCCCUCGCGCGCUCGGAAGGGAGUCGCGAGACGUCGGAGCGGCGGCCACGUAGCGCUGCGGCGGCGGCGGCGGCGGCGGCGGCGGCCGAGGCCGGGUCUGCGGAGCGGCCCUGAGGACAGACGUUGGGCGGGGGGGAGGGGCCGGCCCGGCCGGCGGUUGUUACUCGAGCGCCGCGGCUACAGGCCCCCCGCCGCAGGAUGGACCGCCGAGGCGGCGGUCGGGGCGGCGGAGGCGGAGGCGGCCGGCCAGGAUAAGAUGCGCCAAGUCACUUGCAGCUGUCUGCAGAAGAAAAUCCCUAGUGCUCUGCUCUUGCCAUAAUACCAAACCUUUCGACUUCUGCUUUGGUGCUGCGACACUGGAAGAAUUGCACACGGGUCCCAGGAAUACCCUUUUUCCAUUUGAGUGGUUCUUCGUGGAUGGAAAAUUAUUUGAGGCUUAACAGUUACCCUGUUUGAGCGCUCUCUCUCUCUCUAGUCUGAACUGAGUAAUAAAUCGGGCCACGUACCCAUGAGCCACACAGCCAGUUCUGGUCAGGAGCUGGCUGAAAACUGUGCUGCGCGUGUAGCAGGAAUGGCACAAGAAGAGAGCCGUCGUGGUCAAGCGCCAUCUACCUUCUAUCACGGUGCCAACCAAGAACUUGACCUGUCCACCAAAGUGUACAAAAGGGAAACAGGAAGUCCUUAUUCUGUGUUAGUGGACACCAAGAUGAGCAAACCACAUCUCCACGAAACAGAGGAACAGCCGUAUUUCAGGGAGACAAGGGCAGUGUCUGACGUGCAUGCUGUUAAAGAAGACCGGGAGAAUUCUGAUGACACAGACGAGGAGGAGGAGGAGGAGGAAGUCUCUUACAAAAGGGAGCAGAUCAUAGUGGAGGUAAACCUUAAUAAUCAAACAUUAAAUGUGUCUAAAGGGGAAAAGGGUGUCUCUUCCCAGUCCAAAGAGACUCCUGUUCUGAAGACAAGCAGUGAGGAGGAAGAGGAAGAGAGCGAGGAGGAGGCCACCGAUGACAGCAAUGACUACGGAGAGAACGGAAGGCAGAAGAAGAAGGAGAAGACGGUGGAGAAGGCCAGCGUCACACAAAGGAGAACCAGGAGGGCCGGCUCCGUGGCCGCAGCUACCGCUUCCCCGACCCCCAGGACUACCAGAGGGCGUGGGAAGAGUGGAGAGCCACCUAAGCGGAAGAAGCGGGCCGCGAGGGAGCCCAAAGCCCCAGUCCAGAAAGCUAAGUGCGAGGAGAAAGAGACUCUGACCUGUGAGAAGUGCCCCAGGGUGUUUAAUACUCGCUGGUACCUGGAGAAGCACAUGAACGUUACUCACAGGCGCAUGCAGAUCUGUGAUAAGUGUGGCAAGAAGUUUGUCCUGGAAAGUGAGCUGUCCCUUCACCAGCAAACAGACUGUGAAAAAAAUAUUCAGUGUGUUUCCUGUAACAAGUCCUUCAAGAAACUCUGGUCCCUUCAUGAACACAUCAAGAUCGUCCAUGGGUAUGCAGAAAAGAAGUUUUCCUGUGAAAUUUGCGAGAAGAAAUUCUACACCAUGGCUCACGUGCGGAAACACAUGGUUGCACACACGAAAGACAUGCCGUUUACAUGCGAAACCUGUGGAAAGUCGUUCAAACGCAGCAUGUCCCUCAAGGUGCACUCCUUGCAGCAUUCUGGAGAGAAGCCCUUCAGAUGCGAGAACUGUGACGAGAGGUUCCAGUACAAGUACCAGCUGCGCUCGCACAUGAGCAUCCACAUCGGGCACAAGCAGUUCAUGUGCCAGUGGUGCGGCAAGGACUUCAACAUGAAGCAGUACUUUGACGAGCACAUGAAAACACACACUGGAGAGAAACCCUUUAUCUGUGAAAUCUGUGGCAAAAGCUUCACCAGCCGCCCCAACAUGAAGAGGCACCGCAGAACGCACACAGGCGAGAAGCCCUAUCCGUGUGAUGUGUGUGGCCAGCGGUUCCGCUUCUCCAACAUGCUUAAGGCCCACAAGGAGAAGUGCUUUCGGGUGACCAGCCCCGUGAACGUGCCGCCUGCUGUCCAGAUCCCACUUACGACCUCCCCGGCCACCCCAGUUCCUUGUGUGGCCAACACCCCCACAACGCCCACGCCCCCGAUCAGUAUGAGCCCCGCGAGCACUCUCCCCCCGCGGCCCAUCCCGCACCCCUUCUCACACCUCCACAUCCACCCACACCCUCACCACCCGCACCACCUUCCUAUCCCUCCGGUCCCGCACCUCCCGCCGCCCCCAGCUCUCUUUAAGAGCGAGCCUUUAAAUCACCGAGGCCAGGGUGAGGACAACUUUCUGCGGCACCUGGCAGAAAAGAACAGUUCAGCACAGCAUCACUAACAUCCGUCUCCUUAAGUGUGUUCUCCACGAGCUGUGUGCCCGUGUGUGAGUUUGCAGAAAGGGAGCUGGUGGGCAUUUCUGUAGCUGCCAGACUCUCCUCAGCCUCCACCAAGAGCUGUGUCAUUGUCUUGGGGAAUCGACACAUCCAAGGGAAUGAACGAGAAGACCGCCUUGCGCUCCCGGAGGGAACUGUCAUCUAAACCAGGGGAACCACCGAACUAAAGCCCAAUUCGCUUGCAUUUUCUGGUGGACUUUUAUAAAUUUCGAAUACUCAGACUUGUGGAAUUUUAUAAUUUCAUAUCAGCUGAUGAGGUAUGCUUGCUUUUCUAUCCCGGGCUUCUCCUCAAAGAGGGGACAGGCCCGGCUUCCUUUGUACUAAUCGGGAAGGCUGUGAGAUUAAUCCAGAGCAUUAAUUGUAUCACUGUGUAUCGUAACCAAUUCUUUUCAGCUUUUGGCGCUGGCCUCCGAAUCGAGCCGGCCGCGUUUCACAGUAUAUCAAGCAUUAUAGAGAAAGACAGAAAUUUUCUUCUUUGUGUAGCUCUCCUAACGCACUCUUUAUUUUACUACAGAAAUUAUUUUAGAGUUUUUGUAUAGACUUCUUUAGUAGUCUGUUUCUAAAAUGAAAUGUAUUUCAAUAAGCGGUGUAAUUUUUUCAGUGUAGCUGGGCCUAUGUUGUAAAAUAGAAAAAAAAUUUUUAUAAUCAUCAAAAUGUGAUUCUUAAAGACGCAUAUAACUUCUAUAGUUCAAAGUUAUUCUUACAUCCGUACAACUCAAAGGUGCUUCAGAGACUAGACGCAUCCGGGAGGGUCUCCAGACACCAGGUCACUGCAGAAUGAGGUCUUGCUUUCAGAACUUGGCGUAAGUCCUUGGCAGUUUUUAGAUCUCUGCUUCACCCUCAAGCAUCCGUCUGUCGGGCUCGUUGACACGCUCCUGUCCUCCGUGUUUUGUUUCGUUUGGUUACCGCGUGAAGUGGGAUGAUUUCAUUUGGUCACUGCGCUAAGUGGGGUGAUUUGCAGGGAGCUGGACCCUUUCCAGGGACGUCCCCUCACGCUUGCGUGUUCGAGAAAUCGGAGUCCAGCUGUUCGCCGUCAGGAGGAGGAAGUGAUGGAGAAUCAUUCUCCCUCACGUCUGCGUCUCACUUUCCCCAGGGCUUGUUUGUGUCCAGCCGAUGGCACAACCAAAUGGAAGUCUCACGAGACACUGCUCGUUUCGAGGCUGCUGUAUUUUUCUAGAACUGUUAGGAAAAUACGAAAUAGUACACUAAAAUCACAAGCAUGAAUGAUGUUGCUGACAGUAGCUGAGAAGUUUGGAUGAGGACAGAUUUGACUAUGAGUUUUUAAAAUGUCUGUUCAGCUAUGGAUCCAGCCACAACUUUGAGCUGUCCUAACACAGUUUAAAUCGUAGCGAGGGAAAGAAAACUGCCUAUGUUUUGCUGCCCUGUUCUCUGCAGAUAAUUACGCGACAGACAGCGGUGCUCCCAGGUGGUGAGGGGAACAUCUCUCACCACCUUUAAGAUGGGUUACUUUUUCGAGUUUGGGAAGUUUCGAAAGAGCACGUUCAUUCAGGAACUUAUAUAGGAAAGUCUGAAUAGAAGGGCUAACAUACUGCUCAUACUUAACUGAUCAAAUUUCUUCAGACUCCGUACAGCUAAAACUUUAUAUAUAUAUAUAUAUAUAUAUAUAUAUCUCAGAGAACUGAGUUCCAAAGCUGGGUCUGCUUUCUUUCUCUCUCUCCCUCUAUUUUUUAAUCUUGACAUUUCUUCAGUUCCUCCCCCACCCCCCACACUGCCUCGGGCUCUUAGAUCAUUGCCUAAAUAAGAACCCUGGCUUUUAUUUAUUUUUUAACUUUUAAUAUUAAAUGUGCAGAUAUACUUCAAGCACUUUUCUGGCUGAUUAGCUCUGUGGUAGGAAAAUUUGGAACUCUUGAUGGAGAUCAAGUCCCUCUUUUUAAAAUAUCACAUUCUCUGGUAGCUUUUUGGUUUAAAAUUUCCUCAUUUUUUUCCUUCUGAUUAUUGCCUUUUGCCUUCUGUAAUGAGCAUAGGAAGAUUUUGGAACGGGGCAGAAAAGUAUCUCAAGACCUACUUUUCUUCCUGUUUUUGGAUGUAAUUUCUAAAGAAUGUUAUUUUAAAUAUUUGCGUGCAUUUUUCGGGCACCCAGGUACCCAGACCAUUAAGGAAAAUUAGUUUCUUGUUUGUGAUUGUCAUUUCUUUUGUGGCUGCGUCCCCUUACUUACUCCACAGUCUCCUUUACCUCCCAUGACAAGUUUCUGGGUGGAUCUACACCUUUAUGUGGACAUACCGUUAUUUAAUGGCCAAGCCUAUGAUAUUAAGAUGGUUUUUUAAAAGAUGUAAAUCGCAGCUUAAUUCGUUCUAGUACCUUAUUUUAUUCUAAACAAAUUUACGGCAUUCGGUAGCGAUUCUGAAUUCUAGACUUGAGACCAUUAAAUCAACCAUUUUAUGAAGUGUACUAUAAUGAGACACUGGAAAAUUCAGGUCGUCACAUUUGAUUUUUCAUUCAAGUGAAUAUAGCCAUAAGAAAAUACCUACUUACAUAGGAAAACCAGUAUGAAGCAAAUAAUCACCACCACCCUUAACAGAAGCAAAAAAGGAUUUGUUUUUGUUUUGUCUUUUGAAUCAGCACUGUCACACGACACCGUUCCUAGUGAAAUGUAUUGUGGAACAAUCUGGAAACUUCUGAUUGUUUUCCCCCUAGAUGGGUAUACCUUCCUUGACCCGGGAUUUGUAGUCUUCAGGAAAACUGCUCAGCACAUAACGGUUCCUUAUCAGUGUCAUAUUACACAUAAACAAUGAGAUGCAUUAAAUAAUAUUCACGACGUUAACGCUUCUGAAUAUGAGAACUGCAGGAUUAAGCCUUAAACAUAUAUGUGCGUCAGGUUUAACAUGCUUCAGACUCCAACUCAGGGUUGGAAAUUUGAUUGGGGUCCUUCACUAAGGUAAAAGUUGCAUCCUGUGUGUUCCCUCCAGCCUACAGUACAGCACCCCGUGACUUCUUCAGAACUUCAUGCCCGUUUGCUAUCUGUUUACGAAGAAAAGAACCACGGAGGAGUUUGAGCCCUUAGCCCUCAUCCCGUCCUUAGUCUGCUAAGACAACAAAGGCCACCUUUCAGCGUCCUAGCGAUACCCAAUUGAGGUUGUUUCCCAUUACUUAAUUUCACUGUCUUCAAAGGCUUGUUUCUUUCUUUGGUAGGGUUAAGGCUUACUUGAAGAAACUUCCCAAGGACUUUCUUGAGUCGACAUUGCCUUCCCCCCCCCCCCCAUUCUUAUCUCAUAGAUUUAUCAUUCAGAUAUAAACUCUUCCUUAGCCUUAAUGAAAGGCUGCUUGCUGCUUUCUCAAAUGGAGUCAGGGAGACUCAGACUGAGUUAGACGUUUUAAUUUGAAGAAAACAAGGGGAGCAGUUUAAAGGCACGUGGCUUCAUUUCCACAUCUAUUUGUGAUUUGAUUCUUAUUUGUAGCGAGCAGGGAGUCUCCAUCUAAGACUUUACCGUAGUUCAAAGAAAUCUUCGCAAAUCAGCCACGUGUCUUUUCACGGUCUAUCACUUACAUUCAUUGUUCUAAAUUAAUGACGGAGGACGGCAUUACCAUGGUUGUCUUUUUAAAAACUACAUUUGCUGAGGGGCGCCUGGGUGGCUCAGUCGGUUGAGUGACCGACUUCGGCUCAGGUCAUGAUCUCACGGUUUGUGAGUUCGAGCCUUGCAUCGGGCUCUGUGCUGACGGCUCGGAGCCUGGAGCCUGCUUCCGGUUCUGUGUCUCCCUCUCUCUCUGCCCCUUCCCCACUCAUGCUCUGUCUCUCUCUGUCUCAGAAAUACACAAACAUUUUAAAAAGAUUUUUUUUUAAAUAAAAAUUAAAAAAAAAACUACAUCUGCUGGAAGCACCUUUUCAUUGUGGCCAGAAUGCUCCCUGUACCUCGACUGCCCCUAGUGUACUGACCGAAGGCGAAACACGCUAAAGAGAUGCUUGUCAACUUCGAAUUUUCUACUUCUCGACAUUUUUUUCAGUCCUUACGUUUGUUACGUGGAUAUGUGCGUUUCGUUUAAUUUUUUAUCUCCCUGGAAGUUUGAAAUUUUGAGAAGAUUGAGCAGAAAUAACAAUCUGUUGCCGAUGAUAUUUAUUUACCCUACCUUGUGGAUUUCAGUCAGUGAAGCAGAAUGGUGGGUCGGAUUUUAUUGUACCAAAAAAAAAAAAAAAAAGGAUUAAAAA